AGUGGCUGUAACAAAACCCAGACCCCCAGAUCCCGGCCAAUGGAGGCGAUUUAGACUGGAGCCGGACCGCGUCUGUCAAAAACCCGACUGGGCAGCAACCGCAGAGUCCAGAAGGAGAGCUGGAGUCGCCGCGCUGCCUCCCCGCCCCCGCCGGGAUUUAUUGAGUAUUUGGACUGGACAAUUAAGUGGCCCUGAUGAUGUUACCAAGCCCGGUCACCUCCACCCCUUUCUCAGUCAAAGACAUUUUGAAUCUGGAGCAGCAGCACUUACACGGGGCGCACUUGCAGACAGACUUGGAGCACCACUUCCACUCCGUGCCCUGUAUGCUGGCCGCAGCUGAGGGAACGCAAUUUUCUGACGGAGGGGAGGAGGACGAGGAAGAAGAAAGGGAGAAACUGUCUUAUUUGAACUCACUAGCCACAGCCGACGGCCAGGGGGAUUCGGGUCUCUGUCACCAGGGCUAUGUCCACUCGGUCCUUCGAGACUCGUGCAGCGGGCCCAAGGAACAUGAAGAGGAGGUCGUGAGAGAUCGGAACCAAAAAAACUGUCAGCUAAAGAAGCCUCUAGAGACGACCGGAGACUGUAAGGCGGCGGAGGAGAGCGAGAGGCCAAAGCCACGCAGCCGCCGGAAGCCCCGAGUCCUCUUCUCACAAGCCCAAGUCUUUGAGCUAGAACGCAGGUUCAAGCAGCAGAGGUACCUGUCGGCGCCCGAGCGCGAGCACCUCGCCAGCAGCCUGAAGCUUACGUCCACGCAGGUGAAAAUCUGGUUCCAGAAUCGCAGGUACAAGUGCAAGAGACAGCGGCAGGACAAGUCUCUGGAGCUGGGAGCACAUGCACCGCCUCAGCCGCCGCGCCGUGUGGCGGUACCGGUGCUGGUGCGGGAUGGCAAACCGUGCGUCACGCCCAGCGCUCCGGCCUACGGUGCACCGUACAGUGUGGGCGCUGGCGCUUACUCGUACAACAGCUUCCCUGCGUACGGCUAUGGGAACUCCGCCGCCGCGGCCGCCGCCGCCGCCGCCGCAGCGGCCGCCGCUGCCGCGGCCUACAGCGGUAGCUACGGCUGUGCCUACCCCGCAGGCGGCAGUGGCGGUGGGGGGGCUUCUGCUGCGGCCACCACCAUGCAACCCGCCUGUAGCGCGACCGGAGGCGGCCCCUUCAUGAACGUGAGCAACCUGGGAGGCUUCGGCGGCGGUGGCGGCUCACAGCCAUUGCACCAGGGUGCUACAGCCGGGACCGCGUGUGCACAGGGUACCUUACAGGGCAUACGGGCCUGGUAAGGACCAGUCGGAUCACGCGGCGGGCGCCUACCGCAGCCUGGAGCCGCGGGAACGAAGCACGAGAAAGGCCAGACCCAAGGGCCAGGUCCCCUCGUUAAAAUAUAUAUGUAUACAUAUGUCUCGCUCUCCAGGGCUCAGAAUCGCAGCCCACUCGAGGCCUGGGGAUGGCGACUCAGGGGCAAGGAGGAUGCCCGAGUCCGGUUGCCAAAACCGUUUUUGGCAAAAAAACUCCCUGCCUGGGCGCCAGGGAGGACUCUAACCCCUACCCUGGCCCCGAGGGGAAUGCAGGAGGCUGGGACUCUGGCUGCCGUUUGUUCUCCCCAAAACAAGAAGGGUUUCUCUCCCUCCAUCUUCCUGUGGCCUCCGCAAAGCGUUGGCGGGGAACCCGGACCUAAAAGAAAAAGAAAACAGAAAGGCAUGAAAGAGAAAAAUGGGGAUCGUGGCUUGAGAAAUAUCAGGGCUUUACCGACCCUCUGCCCCCUUUGUGGGGCUCAGAGCUCCACACUACAGUGGAUUUUCGUUUUCCAACUGCCUCCCCUCCAUAGCGGAGACUUUGGCCCAGAUCUCCAGAGAUUGUCAGGGGACUCAGGACUCCGCGAAGAAAACCAGCCAAGUGAGAUCAAAAGUUGGGGGAGGGGGCGCUGAGCUAAUCCAGGACCUGGUGGCCCAUUGGAGAUGUUACCAGGUUUCCUUUCUGUUUCGUAUUCUGUAUUCAGCACAUAUUAUUUCUAUAUAUAACUAUAUCCACACGCCGUGUACACACCCGCUGCCAUACACUACAGGAGUCAAUAAACAAGGUGCAAUACUUACAAA